CACACACACACACACACACACACACACACUCAUAUAUAUAACGUGGGAAGUAGCAAGCAAUUAGGUCCAUGCGGAUCAACAAUAAAAUUCCCAAAGGGAAACCGACCGAUAGAUCAUAUGAAUGAUCAGCUCCAACGAUUUUUUCGGUGUAUGAAUUGAAGAUUUGAAGUUGGCUGUAGCCGAGUGCGUGGGCCAACUAUGUUGGGCGAUGCACCGGGGGAGUUAUACUACUCUCCUUCCGGUUUAGCUAUGGAGGCAUUCGAUUAUGUGAACCCGAGCUGGAGGCAGAUCAAGAAGGGCAAGGGAAGAGGCAAGAGCAACAAGAGGAGGUUCAGCGACGAGCAGAUCAGGUCGCUGGAGACUAUAUUCGAGUCCGAGACGAGGCUCGACCCCCGCAAGAAGUUGCAGGUGGCCAGGGAGCUGGGGCUGCAGCCGAGGCAGGUAGCGAUAUGGUUCCAGAACAAGCGGGCGCGCUGGAAGUCCAAGCAGCUCGAGCACGACUACGCCAUCCUCAGGGCCGACUACACCCAACUGGCCUCCCGCCUCGAGUCCCUCAAGAAGGAGAAGCAUGCCUUGAUUUCUCAGCUGGAGAAGCUGAAGGAUCUCGCGGAUAAAGGGGCUGCAGCCGCGUCAGCAGUCACUGAUGGGGAUCGGAGCGGUGUAGAAGAUGAAACCAAGACGGAGCCACCAGCAGCAGCAGCAGCAGCAGCAGCAGCUGCAGCUGCACCUGCUCUCUUGCUGUCGGAUGGUGUAAGCAGCAUCAAGGCAGAAUGGAAUCUCGGAAUACUAGAAGAGGAGGAUGAUCACCACCAUCGCCAUCAGGACGAUAGCGAAAGCCUCAAGAUGAACAUGGACGUGAUGGACAAAGGCAGUUCCUUAUCAUCAACGCGCCACGGCCCGAGUCCCAGUCUAAACUCAGAUGAUCUCCUCAAUGACAGCUCCCCAACUCAGUGGUGGGACUUCUGGUCUUGAUUACUAACACGGAUCACCUCUUGGCAUCACUUUUCCAUGUCUCCACAUGAACCUUUUUCGCGCUUUCUGUAAAUUACAACUUUUACUUAGGUCGUUUACUUUUGCUGCUGCUCGAGACCGAAGAUACGAAUUAAUGAGGAGUUCACACACACACACACACACACGAGGUUUCUAUAAAUCCUUGGGGAAAUCAAUACAACCGGGCAAAGUAACAUGAGAAUAGAGUAAGAAUCGGCUACACAGAGAAAUUAUUUUGCCCCAUUUGCACUAAAAGAUAGAUAGAUCGACAGUACAUAUGAACGAGAAUAUUAAUCAUGAUUCAUGAACUUCUUCUGCUCUGAUUAACGGCAGUGCAUGCGUCGACAUUGUAGUCCUUGUUUAUCUGCUAUAGAAAGACUAGUUGAGUAUC